AUGCCGCAAGCCAUCAAGUCCCCAGCACCAAAAGUACCAGUUGCAAAGUCACCAGCAACCAAACCGCCUGCAGCAAAAUCUGGACCUAUCAAAAAGAAGAAGAAAGAUGAUCUUGGCGCUGGACUACGAGUCUCAAAGGAUAAUCUCGAAGAGCAUCCAGCGGGACCACCGCGAUAUGGCGAACUAACACAAGCGGAAAGAGCAUUCACAUUGGCAUCAACCUUCCUAUCGGGAGUCUUAGCUAUAAGCGCUUCGCAAUUCCUGGGCGCUCCACUCAAGUUGAUCGACCCUCAAUUCUACGAUGGUUACAUGGCUUAUACUAAAGAAUGCUUCGCCAUCCUAGUGACUUGCCUGACCCAAUGGUGGGCACCAACAGUCGUCCGUGUAAGCGGCGACUCUAGUAUGGUUGGUCAACUCAUCAAGAAGGCAGACGGCAGUCUUGAGUGCAAGUUUGCAGACCGCAUGAUAUUGAUGGCAAAUCACCAACUCUACACUGACUGGUUAUAUCUCUGGUGGAUUGCAUAUACCAACAAGAUGCACGGCUUUAUCUACAUUAUCCUCAAAGAGUCGCUCAAGAAUGUGCCCAUUAUUGGCUGGGGUGCGCAGUUCUACAACUUCAUCUUCUUGUCCAGGAAGUGGGAGGAAGAUCAGCGGACGUUUAAGAGGCAUUUAGAGAAGUUGAAUAAGCCGAACGAUCCCAUGUGGUUGAUUAUUUUCCCUGAAGGAACAAAUCUAUCGGCAAGCACGAGAGCGAAUAGUAAGAAAUGGGCGGAUAAGAAUGGCCUGCAAGACAUGAAGCAUCAACUUCUGCCAAGAAGUACGGGGUUGAAGUUCUGUCUGAAUGAGUUGAAGGAUACGACAGAUUGGCUCUAUGAUUGUACAAUUGCCUAUGAAGGUGUUCCAGAUGGACAGUUCGGUCAAGACAUCUUCACACUUCGCUCGUCAUUCUUCGAAGGCCGCCCGCCAAAGUCGGUCAAUAUGCACUGGCGUCGCUUCCACCUGGAUGAAAUACCGUACGAAAAUACAAAGGCAUUCGAAGUCUGGCUGCGAAAUCGGUGGCGUGAAAAGGACUACAUGCUCGAAUACUUCCACCGCAACAACCGCUUCCCAGCCGAGGAUUUCUGGAAAAACCAUCUCGACAUGAGCAGCCAAAGCUCGCACAACGGCGGCAAAAGUAUACGAAGCGUACCCAAGCCUGCCGUGCAAAUCGAAACUGAAGUCAAAUCUGGAAACUGGAACGAAUUCGUCAAGAUCUUUGCACCCAUCACGAGCGUCAUGAUGGCCCUCACAGUCGCCUAUGGGGCCUCACCGGCAGACCUCCCAAUACCCGGUGGGAAAGAGUUCUUCGAGCAACACAUGAAGGCACUCCUCGGCCAAGAGGGUGACGUAAAAUCCCUACCCAGUCCCGAACAAUUGGAGAAGAUGAUUGAAGGGGCAGCAAAAAUGGGCGCAGCACAAGCCGCAGGCCCACAGGAACUAUCCGGCGUGCAGAAAUUAACACAGGAGAACCUCGCUUUACUCGUCAAGGAAACUGCUAUCAAGCAUGGGGCUGUCAUGCCUGGUGGUCUGCGAAGAGCCAGCACAGCACUCCCACGCGCACCCACAAAGACAGUUGCCACACCCACUACAACCGCACCACGAAAAGCGAAGAGCGCAGUGGAUACACCAAUAACAGGCACUACAAAACACAAUCCCAGCGGCACCGCCGCCCACGCACGCGCAGUUCACAAACCCACCACAUCCACACCCAUAUCAAAACCCAAGCCCCCGGCCCCACCACCACCAACAGGACCCAUGAAAGAAGUAAUGACAGCCUCAGGCAUCAUGAUCAAAGUGCCCUCUUCCUCUGCCCAAUUAGCGAAAAACCCCGGUACUCUAACCUUGGCAAACGGCGUACACAUCAAGAUCGACAAGCAGGAGAUGGAAGAGGCACAGAAGACGAAAAAGAAAGAGGAUAAGGAGAAGAAGGAUCAAGGCAGCACGUACAUGACAUCGAGUGGCGUACCGAUCAAAAUCACGUCGGGAGGAGGCGCGAGUGUACCGGAGAAGCGGGUUGCGCCGGCGAAACCGGGUACCAAGGACAUGACAGUGCCUGUGAGGAAGGGGGCGACGGGGACGCCGAAGAAGAGUGCAACAGGUAUGGCGGGACAGAAGGCUGGUGGUGGAGUGGGGAAGAAGAUUGGGAAUGUUCCGAGGAAGAUUUGA